AUGGCGCGCAGCUUUGUUUUGACCGGUGCGGUGCUGCUGAGCUGCGGGGCGCUCUUCAGCGCCUUCGUGCCCUCCCCGCGAAGCUCCCCAGUGUCGGCCCCCAGCGUGUCCGGAACCACUGCGGCGCUCAGCGCCAGCCUCAUGGUGGCCCCCCAGGCGGCCUUUGCGGAUGAGGGUGCUGUGUGGAUCCCUGCUCUCAGCGCCAUCGGUGCAGGCUUUGCCAUCGGCCUUGCCGCCAUCGGCUCGGGAGUGGGCCAGGGCAUCGCCUCCGGCCGGUGCAUCGAUGGCAUCUCGCGCCAGCCCGAGGCGGCCGUCCGGAGUUUGGAGUUUGGAGGUCUUGGGGCUUGA